AGAGAGAGAGAGAGAGAGAAUGUGGAGGCGUAGAGCAAUGCAAAGACCGUGUCGCGGAGUUACAUUGCCAUUACGCGCUAUUACGCACUGACAGCUGCUUUCAAGAGAGUGGAGCGCACGUCGCAGGAGGAGCUGGAUUAUUGUACGGGAUUUUCCCCUCACACACAUACGAAAAGAAGACAGAAUUCUUUCGUCGACACUCGGCCGAUCUCCAGCAGAACAGAUUGAUCUUGAGAGCAGAGCAAAGGAAUGGUGGAUCACCUGCCGCUUGGUGAGGAGACCUUCCUGUAUUGCACCGGCUCCCCGGGGUCGGACUACAACUGCCUCUGUCACCACGCUAAUGGUGGCACGUUGCCGGGCAUCAUGGUAACCGACGCGUGCAUCUACGACCACCACCCCUACCAAGGGGAGACUCUCUCUUCCUCCCCUCGCCCCUCUGAGGAUGACCUCAGCGACUCCUCUAGCCCUCGAUCCUCCCUCUGCUCGAGCCCCGAGGCCUCGUCGCCGACGUUGCGGCACGUCCUUGAUGCCAAAUACGAAUGCAGGGGCAGCAGGAGCAGCGGGAGCUGUAGCUCCUCGGGAGGAGAGAGUCAAGAAAGCCUGCUGGACCUCCUCCUCUUGCAGGCCUCCCUCCCUCGUAGCAGCUCUCACUCUUCUUCUCUAUCUUCCUCCCUAUCCCCCCCCUCCUGUUCUUCAUCCCCAUCUACCCCUCUUUUACCCAUGGGCCUGGCCUGGGAGUCCAAGAGGGAGCAGCGGCUGACUCUCCUCCAGCAGCACGCCAAAGAGGACUGCUACGAGUUCCCCGUCUUCCUGGAUGGGAUGCAGGAUCCAGCGGCGCUCCUCUUUCAGCCCACCCUGGAGGAGAUUGAGGAGUUCCUGGAAGAGAACAUGGCGGUGGCAUUGGAGAAAGAAGAGGAGGGGAGCGAUGAGGCACUGUCACCAAUGCCAGAGGAUGCUGAGGCGAAAGGUUCAAGAACUAUAGCAGGAGAAUUUGUAUCAGUGUCACGGAAUUCGGAUCAGACUGUGCCCGUGGCACAUUCACCGCUCUCCGCCUACACAGAGAACAAACACACACCAUGUGCAUCGGACAUGGACAGCUCGCCAUCGGCAGUGGAUUUUAGUUCUCCUCGUGGCGUUGACGAGAUCAAACAUGAGGAUUGUGGUUCACCACCAGAAGGUAUCAGCGCUUCCAGCGUGCCUGUCAUCCUACAAAUCCAGCCCAUCCAGAUCAAACAAGAGCCCAACCCCAGUGCCAUCUCAGAUACCCAGCAAACCCAACCCCCAAAAACCCAAACCCAGCCAGCCCAGGCCCCGUCGGACAUCAAAAUUGCCCAACUCCUGGUCAACAUCCAGGGGCAGACCUUUGCCUUGGUGCCUCAGCUGCUUUCGGCGACAAACAGUACCAGCUCAAGCAAAAACGGGAUCACCGUGUCCCCCAAAUUUGUCCGGAUCGCGCCGGUGCCCAUUGCUGCCAAACCCACUGGGCUCGGGGAAGGGGGGUUCGGCGGGGGCCCGACUGCGGGGGUCCUCGUCGGAGGUCAGAGGUACCAGAAGAGCGCAGUAGCGGACCUCAUUAAAAUGCACAAGUGCUCUUUUCCCGGCUGUAAUAAGAUGUACACCAAGAGCAGCCACCUUAAAGCCCACCUGAGGAGGCACACGGGGGAGAAGCCCUUCGCCUGCACGUGGCCUGGCUGUGGAUGGAGGUUCUCCCGGUCCGACGAGCUCUCCCGACACCGGCGCUCCCACUCGGGAGUGAAACCAUACCAGUGCAUCGUCUGCGAAAAGAAGUUCGCCCGCAGCGAUCACCUGUCGAAACACCUCAAAGUCCACCGCUUUCCACGAAGCAGCAGGACAGGGCGCUCUGCAAACUGACUCUUAUGACCCCACUCUGACAGACUGACGCUGAGUGGGGAUGGGGGAGGGGGUAUGUGUUUGUGUAUUUGUGUGUGACGAAAGACAGCGGGGGGGUGGGGGGGUUUGAAAGUCCAAACACCUUUUUAAAGGGGUCUGUGUAGGACUCUUGAGCUGGUGUGUUUAUGUUCUAACGUGUACGCGUGACGUACAUCCUUGGUACUGUUAUAAUUUAUUGGGUGGUGAGGAAAAGACUGUAAAAAAAAAAACCUAAAGUGAAACAGAAAACUGUUACUUGACACAACACCCUCAGAGGUGGAAUAAGCUUCUUGUAUAUAACAACUUUUUUUUUUCUCACUCAAAUCUUUUAGCUGAUCUAAUUUGAGGAAAGAUUUGCUACUCAGAGUAGUUUUACACUUUGAAAUCCGUGUUAUUGUUAUUGCUGGAGUCAAAAGCCUUACAUGAAUAAAAUUAAAUGCAUCGCUAAGGGGUGUGCUAAAACCCCAACUUUUAUUUUUUUACCUUCCUGGAGGCAAAUGUUGUUUAGCAAAAACGCAUCGCUUGAUGGCUUGAAAUUGAAUUUGUUGCCCGGCAACAAGAGCUAACUGGACAUGGGGAACUGUUGGGGCCUUGGUGUAAUUCGUCCCCGAUUGACGGCAGAGUGAUUGAUGCAUCAACAUUCCUGUAGCUUUGAAUACUGUCUUUAUUGCCUUUGAGUCUCAUAACAGGAAAAAAACAAAACACUGAAGUAACCUCAAACACAAGGAGAAUGCUCAUGUUGAAUUACAGCUCACCAGCAAACAUCAUGUCAUUAUGUAAUUUGCACUGGCAUAUGUGAAAAGUUUGUAUUUCUGGCUAUUCUUUAUUUUUGUCUCAUCUGGUCCAGAGAGUUUCUUCAGAACAUUGGUAUCUUUUUUUGGGGAUCAAAACUAAAUUGGGAUGCAGCCACAUCCAAUGAUUAUCUGCGAAUUAUUUCAAUCCAAUGUUCAAAACAAAUUUGUUCUUCUGUCUUCAGCUCGUGAUAGAUAACAUUUGUUUUCUGGUUUUGUGAUGCCAUAACCAUUACUUACUUCAUGUCACUGCUGUCACAAGUGGCACAAGCAAAGGUUGGUGGUCUUGAACGUAUCAAAUCUCUUGCCUCCUCUCCUGCCAAAUCAAUUUUUUUUUUGUCCCUCUUCUGUUUAAUGUGAAUACAGAAUCAUUUUUUUGCAUAUCAAAUGAAAUGAAAUAAUUUACAUAUCAAAUCUAAGUGGAUUCUUUUUUGCACUUGCUGAUGCUGGAAGUAUGUGCCGUUACAACAUCAAAUAACAAAUUCACCCCAGAUCAGCUUCAUGUAUAUGCCUAUGUAACUAGCUGAACAGCAGCCCCCAUUGCCACAAAUGACAAUUACAGGAUAUUUACAGUAAGUAAAGAAGAAACACAAAGUAUUAGCAAACAUUCGCCACCAUAAGCUCCUGGUCAUACCAGACCAGGUAGAGCCUCGUUUAUCCUCUCAAACGGAUGCGUAUACAGUCUGCUUGGAGGAGGCGUUCCACACAUGCACAGUAGAUUGCUACGCUAACGCUUGUAGCUUCUUGGAGGUAGAAAGUAGAACUUUGGCUUGAGGCCUUAUCAGCAAAACGCCUAAGUUUAUUGACUUUAGAAAGGGAGUGCUUUAUGGUCUAUAAAUUCAACUUUUCUUUUGUAAAAACAAAUCAAUGUGCUUGGUUUGUUUCAAAAGUUACAUAGACUCGCUUUAAUAUCAGUAUUUUGUACUUUUGUAAGAGGCAAGUAAAAUAUGGCUUUUCCAUUGAAGCCUCUUCUCUUUUUAAAUUAGUCAAUUGUCAAUAGUUCAACAAAUUCAUUUAAUAAAAUAAACUAAUUGGUUUACAUAGAACAUUUACUUUGGUCUUAUUACUUGUUACAGCAUAUGCUGCAAGGUAUAUAGGAAAUUGGAGAUCAUUUAAAAUUUCAUCUGUCCCUGGUCUUGAACAUAUCGGAUCUAUUUCCAUGAAAUGAGAUGCCUUGGUCUCAUACUGUAAGAGAAAAGUGACUGUUCUGCUUGUUUUUUGUCAUAUUACAUUUCCCCGUAUAUGUUGUUUUAGCGUGUAUCAUUGUGCAUCUCAGUUGAAUUAAACCAAAUGUGUUAUGGGAGGGACGCAAAAUGCCUGCUGCACAGAGCUCAGACGUAGUUUUUCGUGUACUAUGAAGUUAAGGAUCAGCCAACGAUAAUCCGUGCCGAUAUUUUUUUAAAAGAGGAAUGUUUGAUUCGCGAAACCUACAUCGAUUGACGAACCCCUUGAGUGAUCGGUACGUGGCGGAUGAACAAGACGCUGUAUGGAAGAAGUGUAACAUCGAUGUCAAGCAUUCCUUCUGUACAAUCAGGAGAAACACUUUUCUGAAUGGGUGUCACGUGUGAGCCCGUGAAUGUAUGUAAAUACUGUAUAUGCAUCUGAAAAGGAGAUCUGAAUUAUUCUUCUGGUGAUUUCUGUGAUUGUGAAAGAUUCUUUUAAAGAAUAUGUAAAGAAAGCGUACAUAAUGGGAUAAUUCAAAUAUAUAGUGAAAGAUGUGGUAACAUGCUUUAUCUUGUCAGGUUUUUACACGACACAUGAUUAUAAAAUGCUCAUGACAGUUUUCAUAACACAUCCAUGGAUCAGAAUUGAUGCCAUAUUCUCCAAUAUGCAAAUCUGUAACUUGGUCAGGUGCAAAUUGCAAUACAGCAUAAUGUAUUAUGAAACAUGUGAUGAGUAAGGUGUGUGUGCUCUGUAAAUACAUUACAAGCAAAGAGUUGCUUAAAAUGUUAUAUUUUUGCUUUUGUUCCUACGUAAAACACAUUUACAAUAAAAAUCCCAAAACCAAGUACAUGUUUUCUGUUGUCUGGGAACUAUUCACAGUCAUGAUCAGCAUUUAUCACACAAACGCCACAGACCACCAACAUAAAUUCUUUAACACAAAUAUAACUUCAGCUGAACAGCGGCCACCGUUGCCACAAGUGAUGAUUCUGGGAUUAGCCGCCAUAAACUGGUCACACCAGACCAAUUAAGGCGAAGUGUAUCGAGUUGAACAAAGGAGGGUCUCGUGGUUUAUGUGUUCAACUUUUUACAUGGAAGAUAAUGAAUUUGAGGUCUAUUUUCAAAAGUUGCACAGCCUGGCUUUAAUAUUGUUAAACUUUACUCAUAGCUUAAACGGGCACUCAGAGAAAUACGGCUCUCAAUUGAGCCUUUGCUAAGUCCCGCCCCUCAAA